AUGAACCUUCCGCUGACGGUCAUCGUGUGCCUUGUGCUGGUCGGGAGUGUGUGCACCGAUCCGAAGAUUGUGUAUAAAUUGAAAAACAUCGAGUGCGUCGCCAAUCCGAAACGCGUCGAGAACAUCUCCUGCUCCAUCAAGGCCAUCAAUUGGAAUAAGGCAGUCGCCCAAAUGGACUGUGAUCUCAUUUUUCCAUUGCGUAAUACAUCGAUCGAAUUCGCGGUGCUCAAAAAGAAUAAUAACAACCAAUAUCAUCCCUUCCUGAUCAAUGUCACUUUCAAUGCGUGCGAUAUGCUGUCCAGCAGAAAAUAUCUGCCCUACGCACCGCUUGUGCGUAAAGUGAUGAAGAUCUAUACGAAUGUGAAUCAUACUUGCCCCGUCACGAAUCAUCUGUAUGCACGUAACUUGAACAUUGAUGAGAAUAUUUUGCCGACUUUUCCUUUGGGCUUUUACGCGUUUUCCAUUAAACUAACUGAGAAUUUCGCGGACAGAACCAGCGAUUCCAUUGGUCUCAUCAAGAUCUAUUGCCAGGCCAUGGAAGUGGUCAACAUUAGACAAAGGAAGAAAUUCAAUAAUUCAGCUAUAAUUAUGCCGGGCAUUUAA